UAUAAGAGAAGAACAAAUACAAAGACUAAAACUCUUAGAAUCUGAUUUUACUAUAUUUGUGGGGUGCUAGUAGGAGCUGUAUAGAUAGAGACUUUUGCUUAUUUCAUUUCCUUCCCUCUCUUCAUUCAUUCACUUCUCCCUUAUCUCUCUCUCUCUCUAACUCACCAAUUUUCUUCAUCUUUUUUUUUUCUUCUUAUUUGCUAUGGGAAAUUGUCAAGCUGUGGAUGCUGCAGUACUUGUGAUCCAACAUCCAUGUGGGAAGAUAGAUAGAUUGUAUUGGCCAGUAACUGCAAGUGAAGUUAUGAAAACAAACCCUGGUCACUAUGUUUCUUUGAUAAUACCAUUACCUCUUCAACCACAAGAACAAAAUCAAGAAGAAAACAAGACAGUUCGUUUUACUCGUGUUAAGUUGCUUAGGCCUAAUGAGACUCUUAAUCUUGGUCAUGCUUAUAGGCUCAUCACUAAUCAAGAAGUUAUGAAGGUAUUGAAGGCAAAGAAGCAUGCAAAGACAAGGAAAACAGAGGAAGAUACAGUGCAGCUAGAAAAGCAAGGUUCAGAUUUUGAGACAAAGAAAAGAGAAGAGUCUGAUCAAGGAAAGACAUAUCAGGGAGGUAGAGCAGAGAGACAGAGGCAAAGGGGAGGGUCCACAAAUCUUGCUGCUGUUCAAAGGUCAAAAUCCUGGCGACCCUCUUUACAAAGCAUAUCAGAGUCAAUAAUUUGAUUAAUGCAAAUCUGUUAUAUGGAUAGUAGAUCAUAGAAAAUUUCUGACUACUUCUAUAAUGUUGGAUUCAUCAUGGAUGGUUCCUGUUAAAUGGGAAUAGUGGAAAUUCAACUGAGGUUUGAAGUAACCAAGAUUUCUCUUCCAUCAACAAUCAUACCCCUUAAGCUGCAAAACCAUGCUAAAUUGGGUACAUGUUUGUAUAGCACCAACAAGAAGGGAAAAGAAAAUUAAUGAAUGUAAAAAUCUAUUUAGAUGUGAGUUUUGUUCUGUUUUUUAUAUGGUUACAGCAUCCACAUCUUCCUUUUAGAUAUGUAACUUUAUUUAUUAAACAAAGAAAAGAAAAACUAUGAAAGUGGAAAGAAAUCACUGUAGUAUUAGGCUUGAUUUUCUAAAAGGUCUGCCACUGCAAUAUGAGUUACAACAUCAACGUUUUUUAUGUCUCUGUGUUUUUAACACGGUCAUAAUUAAGGUCGUGUCAACUGAAUUUGAUUGUAAUUAUUCACAAAA